AUGUCGGGCAAACCACUCUUCGUAACGACACACCCUAGGGCAUGCUCCACAGCCUUUGAACGGGUGUUCAUGACCCGUCGCGACACGCUAAAGUGCUUUCACGAACCCUUUGGCGAUGCCUAUUACUAUGGCCCAGAACGAAUCGCACUCCGCUAUGAAGAAAGCGAAGAGGAGCGCGAAAGCAGCGGCUACAGCAAGAUCACCUACAAGAACAUCUUCGACAGAUUUGCACAGCCGAACCUUGAGGGAAAGCGGGCUUUCGUCAAGGACAUGGCCCUUUACUGGUUUCCCCUUGAGAACGAACCCGCAAGAAUAGCUCCGAGCUUAAAACACUACGACGCUUCAGCUGGUGCGGACACAACUCAAAUCCGGGACACAACCCCCACUUCACCAAAGGGACAGCGGCCUUAUCCGUAUGAUACCAAAGCCGAGGAAGGAAACCCCACAAUUGUGCCGAAAGGUCUUUUGGGAAGUUUCCAUUUUGCUUUUUUGAUCCGCCAUCCUCAGUACAGCAUUCCAUCCUACUACCGUUGCACCGUUCCUCCGCUUGAUGAGCUCACCGGAUGGACGUACCUGAGAGCAGACGAAGCCGGAUAUUCCGAGUUGCGCCGUUUGUUUGACUAUCUUCGUUCCGUCGGACAGGUUGGCCCCAAAAUCGCCGGCGAGUCUCAUACCAAUGGCGUUAAUGGCACCAAUGGGACGAGCAACGCCGUGGAUAUUACCGUCGUUGACGCUGAUGAUCUGCUUGACAACCCUCCUGCUAUCCUCAAGGUCUUUUGCGAGAGCACGGGCAUUGAGUACGACCCUUCCAUGUUAGAAUGGGACAAUGAAGUGGAUCAAAAGAAUGCCAAGGAAGCCUUUGAGAAGUGGAAGGGUUUCCAUGAGGACGCGAUCAACAGUACCGGAUUGAAGGCCAGGACGCAUAAGAAAGUCCUAAAGAGUGACGAAGAAGCUUUCGCCGAGUGGACAGAGAAGUACGGCGAGAAGGGCGCGAAGCACAUCCGUGACAUCGUUGCGGCCAAUGUUGCCGACUACGAGUACUUGAAGCAGUUUGCCAUCAAAGCUCCCGCAUCGUAA